AUGGAGAGUGUCGAGGCCGUGGACGUUAGCUGGCUACACCACUCUCAGAAAGCGGACAAUCUCUCCCGGUGCAGGUCCGUCUCGUCUUUGUCCAGCGACAAGCCCACCAGCGAGGUGGAAGCUACACCAGCUCCGUCGUCAAAACCCGCGAAAUCCCUCUCUCCCGAUAAACUCUUGCCAUCACUUCCACCUCAUGCCUCUCCUGAACCUGACGUACUUAGCUCUCAAACAAAUGGCGAUACGACGACUGGAGCUGGAACUGCCCCGAUACAAGUACCCGCCCCAAAGAGCGCACCGAAACAAGUGCUGGGAAGGAGAAAUUCAUGGAUUUCAAGUCUGAGCUCGAAGUUUUCUUCUGGCUCCACUCCGCCGUCGCAAUCCCACAUGAAGGCCCAGGCAUCCCCUAAAGCAAGCUCACCUGUAACCAAGCUCGAUUUGCAUAACCCCUUUGGAGCAGCCUAUUCCCCAAAAGAUAAGGAAGAGGAGAAAAGGGAUGAGAACGUUCCGCUCACCUCUACUUCUCCGAGAGGCCAUUCUUUCCUUCAGAAUGCCUUUAGAAAACUCUCUUCGUCGGCUUCCGGAGGGAGCAAAGUGGCUCACCAUGGUUUUAUUUGUGAGCGCCGUGUGCUGAACAUAGAUCGUGAUCGAGACAGGUGCAAAGUUUCGGAUCUCAAUCAGGCAAAGCUGCACCGUGUUGCCUUUUGUGUUGAUGUCGAGAUUGCAGGCAUAUCUCGCAGGGAGUCUGACGAGGAAAGCCCUCCUGGAAACACAGCCCGACGUCAUGUGCCGGAUACGAAUGGCCACAAGCCAAGACGAACCAACUCUAAAUCUAAGAACAAGGAAGAUCCGGCUUCAGCGAAGAACCCGCAGCCCGUUGCCGCGAAUACAGAAGGCGAGAAUGAAACCCCUACCGCAAAACCUAGCUCCCCAGAGACCUCGCCGAAUGAAGCUAAGUCCAAUGGUGAAAGCAGGGAGCCAACAAGGAAGCAGGAAAAGAAAAAGCGAUCAGAAGAAGAAAGACGCGAACGAAGAGAAAGAAAGCGGAGAUUGGCCGAAGCAAACGGCUCCAUUCCUAUGCAAUUAACCGCUGAUGAUGACGAAGGUGAGCCUCGACCAACUGCACCUGGGGCCAGUCGCCCUGGAGCACAGAGUCAUCCAACGACAGACCCGAUCCGAAUCUAUCGACGCUGUUGUCAGUUGCGCGAAACACCGGUGCUCAAGCGGAUAGUGGACGAGAUUUCCUCGCCAUCUUCUACACUUGCAGAGUCUCCCGGAACCGUUGCCGUUCUCAACCUUGCUAAUUUCCCCAUGACCCCUGAGGAUACCGCCACAUUCUGUGACUGGUUGGCUGUUGUACCAGUCCGGAAAUUGAUUUUGGAGAAAUGUGCCCUGACAGACGAUUCAGUUCGCGCUAUCUUGUCUGGCUUGCUUUCUACCAAGACCGUAGAGCAAAUGAGGCGGAGGCGCGGGAAAACUAGAAAGUCCAACACUGAACCUCUGGAAAAGGUGGAGAGAUACAGUGUGAUAGAAAGGCUGUCCUUGAAGGAUAAUCCUAAGAUUGGCCCUGAAGGCUGGUGCCACAUAAGCCUUUUCAUUCAUCUUUCAAAGUCAUUGAAGGCAAUCGAUCUUUCAGGGAUUCCACUCCCCAGGAACCCCACCUCACCGAACUGUUCAGGCCCCUCCGAUUUGGAUGUGAACACUGUUUUCGCAAAUUCCCUUGCGCAGCGAUUUGGUGGCGAUCAUCUCGAGGAACUUUUGCUCAGUGAAUGCAAGCCUAUUGCUGAGGACGUCAGAAAGAUUUGCGAUGCUGCUUCAACAGUUGGCUUGAGAAGGUUGGGCUUUGCCAACAAUGACCUGACUCGAGAAGGGUUUGAGCAUGUUGUUCAUUACCUGGAGUCCGGCAAAUGCGAAGGCCUUGAUUUAGGCGGUAACCCUAUCCGAGAUGAUUUGGAUUUGAUCACAGCUGCUAUUGAGGGUGAUCUUCCCCUUCAGGCACUGAGCCUGGCAGACUGCUUCCUGACGCCCUCUGCUAUCUACCCACUGCUCCAGUCGUUAACACGCCUGCCUAACCUCCGGUUCAUUGAUGUUUCCCAUAACCCAGCGUUGUUUUCGACUCAGCCAGAUGCGUUGGCAACCUUCAGACGAUUUCUGCCUAAAAUGCCGUUGCUGAAACGUAUCCAUUUGGCUGAUGUUAACCUCUCUCCUGACCAUGCAAUCGCCCUGGCUGAAAUUCUUCCGGAAUGCCCUAGUUUAAACCAUCUCAACAUACUAGAAAACCCUGCUAUUGCUGCUCUUGCUUCUGCAAAGGACCCGGAAGCCCAGGAAGAGGCAUGUGCUGUUUAUGCAUCUCUGAUGGCAGCGGUGCGUGUAUCCAAGACAAUAAUCGCCGUGGACAUCGAAGAUCCAAGUUCCAAAAACAACGAAGUUGUUAAAGCGUUGGCAUCCCAGAUAGUUGCCUACUCUCUUCAAAACCUCGAACGAGGUGCCUUGGAAGCCGAGCUUUCCGACAGCACUGAUUCGUCACUCUCACGGUCAGGUGUCCCGGUUCCUGAGAUUUUGCAGCAUAUUGUGGGCCAUAGCUUUGGCGAUCCAGGAGGUGACGACGACGAUGAUCCUGCCCCUGAUGAGGAUUACGUUAUUGGAGGCACUGGUGUAGUCAAAGCUUUGGGGGUGUGUCUUGGAAAUUUGGACCACAAUAUGCCAGGGGAUGUGUCUGGGCCCCCCAGCGGUACCACAACCCCAAAACGUCGGAAGUCUCGGUCAUAUGUUGCGAAGCGGCCACGCGACAUGUCGAGAAACCUUCUGGAAUCGGCCCGCAAUAUUCGGACUCGAAUCCAGUCUGCACUUGUGCGCGAGGACCGGGCCGGAAAUGAUAAUAACUACAGGCGCCUUCUUUUCCUGGAUUUUACAUUACAGAAGAUGAUUCAGCGAUUUGAGGAUGAGUACCCGGAAACUCGAAUUGCACCUCAACCUAUCAAAUCCAAUCCCGAGACAAGUUCGCAGAACUCUGGAGACGAUGGAGGUCUUGCACAUAGUUUCAGUAACAUGCAGUCGAGCGGCUUCAAUGCUGAUAAUGAAGUUGCUGUCGACGACGAUGAUGUUGAUCAUUAUGCUCUUCGUCUCUCACGGACCAGCUCUAUUACAUCUCUCCAUUCUCGUGCGAUGACAUCCGAAGAAGGUCAUGUUCACCGUCUUGGGCAAAACAUUCGCCGGGACUUUCUUAACCCUCCCCGGGACCACCAGGAUGAAGACCUACCACCUGAUUUUGUGGAAGAGUCUCACGUUACAGCUUUACGUGAGAAGCUCGAUCGCUUACACGAAGAGCAAACUCGAUCUCACUUUGAAAGCGUGGGAGCAGACAAAGCAUUUGAAGAGUUAGGGUCAACUGUGGAGGAGCUAUGGGCGAUUCAACGGCAGGAUUCAGAAGCCUUUGAAAGAUUUAAGCAGAGCCAAAUCGCUGCACAGAUCAACAGCGGUAAAAGAACCUCCUCUUUACCUGCUCGUAGCAAGUCGUGA